CUUUAUCCGCGUAUAUUUGAACCGUCUCUGGCAGUUUGUCGACUCGACACGAGUUUAUACAACUUGUAACAGUUAACAAACUCGAUGCCAUUUGUAUAUUUCUCAUUUUUAUGAAAACAAAUACAAAACAAAAAAAAAAAAAUAAAUAAUUUCCACGCGUUAAUCAAGUUUUGUGACAAUAAUAAAAAAAAAAAAAGAAAUAAAUGCUUUCCAAAGAUUAUAGUGUUAAAAGUACAAUAUAUUGCAAAAUAUUAGAAUAAAUAUCUAAUCUGUGAUUUAUCUCGAAUGUAUAGUUAUAAUAGUUCAGAUUCAACAAUUACGUUCAUAUGAAACAGAAGAUACAUUUAUUAUUGUGAAAUAAAUGAUGAGAAUAUAUUUUUUAUUUCACUUUUAUAAAAACUUAUCUUAAAUAUUAUUUUAGUUCAUUUCUUACGGAGCCGAUGAAAAACAAAGUUUUAAAAAAAUGCAUGAAACGUUAUCAAAAUGAUUAUUAUCUUCAUUUAAUGCACUCAGUAUUAUCGAAAUAAAAAUAUAACUCAAAGUUUCAAUUAUAAGAAAAAUGAUUAAUUAGUGCAUUUUGGACCGCUAAUUAAAUUGUCCAAAAGGAAGGGCAAAAUUUUUAUCUCAAAAUUCUAAAUGAAUAUUAAUAAACAAUAAUAAUGGAUUGGUAUAAAAAGUUCUAUAGUAAAAAAGCUCAUUCAUUUCGUGGUGACAACCUUGAAAAUUUUGACCAAAGAAGAGCACGAUGGAGAAGCAUUUACGUCAUUUAUUUCACAAUGUUUUUAAUGUCCUUAGGAUUCAGUAUAGUUCUUACUGGGAUAUAUGAUUAUUUACAAAAGAAGUUAGAUUCGACAGGAGUGGAGUUUAUGGCAUUUGCUGUGGCUGCAAAUCCCUUAGGACAAAUGAUAUUCUCACCAUUAGUUGGCUGGUGGAGUAAUAAAUUAGGAUCAUCAAGAUUACCAAUGCUAAUAACAUUAGCUAUUUUUACAUUUGCUUCGGGACUUUAUAGUAUCCUGGAAAUUCUUCCACUCGAAGGAAGAAAAAGUGCCAUGCUCGUUGCACGUUUUUUGGUUGGCGUAAGUUCUGCAAACAUUGCGGUAGCGAGAUCUUAUCUAUCAGCUGCCACAAGAUUUUCAGAAAGGACACAAGCAGUAUCGAUGGUGUCCCUAGCGCAGGUUUUGGGAUUUGUGGUUGGACCAGCUUUACAAUCAGCAAUGACAUUUUUGGGACCUCAAGGAUUCUAUUUGUUCAGUUUGCCCAUUAAUAUGUACACAUCAGUUGGUUGGAUCAAUGUACUAUUGGGAAUUCUAAACUUUAUUCUUUUUCUUCCUGGAAAUUUUACUGAACAUAAAAUUGCAGCUCGCGAAGCUUUAAAGGAGCAAAACGAUUCUGAAAUUGCAGAGGAAUCAUCAUGGAAAUCGAGAAAAAUUGAUUAUCUCGCCUCUUGGACAUUAAUAUGUGCAUUUUUGGUUUUAGUCUUCAAUUUUGUUCUCAUUGAAACUCUAGGUAGUUCUUUGACAAUGAAUCAAUUUGCAUGGUCAGGUAAGGAAGCCAUGUACUAUGUGGGUAUUAUGAUGAGCGUAGGAGCUUUAAUUGCCUGCGGAGUAUUUGCAAUGAUUGGGCCAAUUUGCAAAAGAUUCGCUGAAAGAAAAGUAAUGAUGUGGGGUGGUUUCUUCUGCAUGUUUGUUGGAAGAUUAUUUAUGAUUCCAUGGGGACCAGAUCCACCACCAAUUGCUGAGUUUGGUCCAUUUGGAAAUGAAACGACCUACAUUAAUGGUACAGAAAAAGUUGGCUGUCCAAGUAUUCAAGAAUGGUGUCGUUACACGCCCCAAAUGACAAUUACACAAUUUUUGAUUGGUUAUACAUUUACAACAAUUGGAUAUCCAUUGGGUGUGACAUUGACGCAAACAAUUUUUAGUAAAAUUUUAGGUCCCCGACCGCAAGGUGUUUGGAUGGGGCUUAUGACAGGUGCGGGUUGUGUCUCAAGAAUUUUGGGACCAGUUUGUGUUGGUGUUAUCUAUAAUCGUUAUGGGACAUAUCAUACAUUUGGUGUCACUGGAAUGACACUUGUUUUGUGUAUGAUUUGGUUACAAAUUGUUGAUAAGAGACUUAUUCCAUUAGAGGAAUUAGAAAAAGUCACCGCAGACGAUGCAACACAACAAGAGAGAAGAAUUAUUGAGGUGCCAUUGAAAAGAAUGGAAAAUCAAAAUCAUCAUACAACAGACUCGACACGAGUUCCUUUAAAUCAAGAUAAUGAUGAAAAAAAUAUAGAGGAUUGAAUUUUUUUUUUUUUUUUUUUUUUUAUCUAUAAGAGACUUUGAACAACUACAAUUUCUAUUUUUUUAUUAUAGUAAUAUUUAAAUCACUUAAAUAAAAAAGUAUUAAAUUUAUUAAUUAUUCUAUAAUUGAUAUUAAAUUAAUUUUUCGAUUUUUUUACUCAUCGAAAUUCUAAAUUGAAAAUUUUUGUGAUUAAAAAUAAAUGAGAUUUUUUUUUUAGGAAUAA